AGAGUGGGCAGUUGGCAGUGCGAGCAGGUGUGACAAGGGAAGAGCGGUCUGCGAAGAAACCAAUGUCAGAGAGAUGUCGCCUGAGCCUUUGGCCAUCCCAAUGAGGCCUCUGGCGAAUAUUUCGGAUUCGAAAUUGGCCUUCACUGUGGAAGAACGUUGGUGUCUGCAUACAUUCAACUUGAUUUGUUUUCGCAAAUAUUUCUACGCUUGGAAUCUACGGAACCACAUGAGGUGGUAGUGGAAUAUGCACAAGAUAACUAAGGGUUUGAAAAAGAAGAAGAAGACCAAGAAGCACAAGAAAGAGGACGACCUCUUUGACGAGGUUGAACUUGAGAAAUACAGGAGAGCACAUCAACAGGAGUCCGAAGGAGGUCAACAGGAGGAACAGGUCGAGCAGGGGGCAGGCUCCUCCGACAACGAAGAGUGGAAACGCUUCAAGGCUCUCACCGCAGGUGUAGACAGUGUCCUAAAGAGAACUCAGGGGGACCUCGACCGCAUCAAGUCAAGCAGCUACUUCCAGAGGAAACCGCCUGGUCCACCUGCUUCUGAAGGAAGUCCAGGUAAGGCAGUCGAUUCAACAGAGGCGCCGAAGUCCAUUCCAGCUGCCUCACAGAAGAAAAAAUCUAAGGGCUGGGUGGGCUUCGAAGAAGGAUCUUUGGGCAUCGACGCUCCAGCACCCGAAGAAUCUGAAGAACAGCCCACUGAGAAAGAUGAAACAGCUGCACCUGUCUCGGUAGAUGAACUGCUAGGUGCUGAACCAGCAGCUGCCACAACUACUGAGGACGAGGAAGAGGAGGAGGAAGAAGACGAAGUUGAUGACAUCUUCGAUACUUCGUACGUAGACGUAGUAAAGCUCGCAUAUAUUCCAGACAGUCCCGUUCAGGAGGACGAAGGCUUCGACCCAUUUGACACAUCAAUCGCUGAGAAAAUCAUCAAAGAGGAGGAAGAGCGUACAAAGAACAAGAAGAAACUAGUCAGCUUGGGCUGUGCAGUCGAAGUUUUAACAGGAAGACUCGAAACCGCUCCAACAGCAGCUGGAAAGAAGCGACGAGUGGUUCCGAGGCGUCCACAGGACGUAGAUCUUUUACUUGCCGAUAACGUUCCAGAGGUAGCAGAAGGGGGCCAGGAAGACUCCCAGAGCUGGCGACAUGACAACACAGAGCAGAAUCUCCUUGAUGAAGCUCCAGAACCUUGUAGGAGCCUCCUAGAUGACGAUACCGAGGUCAGCGUUCCAGUUGUUCCUUUAGAAGAUAUUACAUUUCAAGCCACAAAUUCUGGUGUAAAAGAAGACGGAGAAAAUAAAGAGAACAACGCAGAGGAGGUUGUUGAUUUAAAGAAUUUGGUCGCAGAGUUUGAUUUAAUAUCUGGUGGGGAAACAGACGCAACUCCAAGCACUGUAAAAGAGGUGCCCAUUUUAGGUGAAGUGGACGACGACCUUGAGGACGAAUUUGCUGCCCUAGCAGCAGAGUCCAUCUCCAAAAAACCACAAAACUCACAGGAGAACGAAGACGUCAACGAGAAAGAUCCAUUUGAUACAGCUGCUGCUGCUGCCGUCCUCGGUGAACAACAAUCUGAACCAGACCAAUUUGAUAUUGAAAGAGAUUUUAACCCUGACACCCUCAGUUUUCCAUCUCAGAAAAAAGGUUCACCAUUCCCGAUAUCUCCAGACGUUGAUAUCGUUCUAGCCAGUGAACCACAGCCAAAACGUCAGUGGGCUGAAUUUGAGGAAGAGGGAGAGGAAAGCUACAAUCCCACCCAAUCCCUUCCACCUUGCCCUGUGCCACCUCAGAGGAUCACACCUCUCUACGAUCAGGAAUUCUCGGACAGUGCAAUCCUUGCGCUAGCUGAAGAUCUAGAUAUUACGCAACUAGAUCCUUUCGAUACCUCGUUCGCGGAGAAUAUUCUGCCUGGGAAAGCAGAACUGAAGCUGAUAGAGAACGAGAUUCUGUGUUGCAGUGACCUUGAGAUCAACGAAGCGAGGAUCUUAUCUCGAAGCGACAGCGACUUCGACUUCAAUCCCAGGGAGGACGAAACAGUUGUAUCCACAGUCAGCAUCCAGAUUACAGAUCCUACUGGUCAGGAUCGAGAAGAUGAGGAAACAGGCUUAAGAUCCCUGACACUUGGACACCGCGACCUUCUAGGAGGAAGUACCACAGAUCUUUCGAAACUAGGACACGACCCCAUCCAACCAGCUGAACAGGAGAAAGUGACCGAAACUGAAACUGACCCAUUUGACACAUCUGUAGUUGAAGUACUUGCAGCCCCAGGGAAGGCGGAGCUAAAAUGUUUGGAGAAAGAGCUACUAGGUGAGACUGAGAUAACGCUAAAAAGAAGUAUCAGUGACCCGGAUUUCAACCCACGUGCUGAAGAGCCAGAAAUAUUGAAAACAGACGAGCCUGAAAUAGACAUUCCUGACUUAGUGAACGUAAAGGCAGGAGUUGCUAAGGUUGUCGCAUUUGACGUUCCCACCCCAUCAGCUCGACCUGACUUGCUCGUUGUUGGAUCUGAAGAGGGCGCACGAAUCUCCAAACCUCUCACACCUUACUACGUUAACGCGAAGCCAGCCGAUAUAUUUGCGACACAGAAUGGAGCGGUAGAUGACGCAGAUCCAUUUGACACCUCAUUUGUUGAGAAACUGGCGCCCGGAAAAGCAGAGUUGAAAAUAAUAGAAAGUGAAUUAGUAGGGGAACCAGAAGGCCUAAAACACAGUCUCUCAGACCAGGAGUUCAAUCCACGGAGUCAAGAGGAGGCUACAUCCAAUGUUACAACUGAGGUGGCAGCUAACUUAGGCCGCAGAUUUUCUGACUUUUCAGGGGACCGGCGGAGAGCACCUCCUCGCACCCUUGCUAUAAGGGGUGUUACUGUGACUCCUGUGCCUCUACAGGAAAUACCCGCAGUGCCGACUCCAGCCUCGAAACCAGAUCUUCUCUUCGUCGAGGAGAAUGCGCCAGUGGCCACAAAGCCAUUGACGCCUGCUGUUGAGAUCAAGCUAGAGUACACAAACCCUUUUGAUACGUCGAUCGCGAACAAUUUGCUUCCCGGCCGUGCUGAACUAAAAGUGUUAGAAAGUGAGCUAUUGUCGUCAAUCAAAAGGAGUUACACUGACCCAGAUUUUAACCCCCGGGCCGAAGAUACAAUAAAAGUUACACAGUCAGAGUCGGAACGCCCGACAGAAAAACCUGACCUCCUGAACUUGCCCGCUGAGGUGGCCCCUGACACGAAGACCCUGACACCUGUGAUAGAGAACUCAAAAAAUCCUUUGGAUGAUAGCAUUGCCAAUGACAUUGAUCCUUUUGAUACAUCUAUUGCCAGUGACCUAGUUCCGGGCAAAGCUGAACUAAGGCUUCUCGAAUCAGAGCUAAUUGGACAAUAAAGUGAAACCAAC